CGGAGUGCGCUCUGAUCGCUCUCAAUCUGCUGCCCCGUGCCCUCCAUCCGUCGGCUGUAGACUGGCGCGCGGAGCUGGGCAGGGAUAUCCGACGAGCUCUGAGGAGGAGGAGGAUGGGGAUACAGAUCAGCUGCUGAUGAAGAAAAUCUGAUGUGGAUGCUGAGCCUGAGGAGAGCCCAGGGAGCAGCAGCAGCAGCAGCUGUAGCAGUAGCAGCAACAGCAGGAAGGCUGUAGAUGCCCUCUCUACAGGUGCAGCUCCAGCCCAGGCCUCUACUGGAGAGCCAGGACAAAGAGGAGACAGCUCCUGCUCUGACUCUGACAGUCCUGUAGACUUCAGCUCCAGUGAAGACGACGACGACCACAAGGCGGAGGAGGAAGACAAAAUGUUCUCGUCCAAAUUUCUUAGCGGGGCCAACCCCCUAAAUGCUGUGUCUUCUGCUGUAAACAAGUUUGGCCUGUUUGGAGAUGAUAGAGAAGGAGAUAAAAAAACAUCUCCUCAGCAAGGAAGGAAAACAUCUGGAGAACAGCAGACUGGAGCCGUUCAUGGAAAGAAGACUCAAGAGCAGGGUCCCAUAAAAUCAAGCCAAGGCCCCUCUAUGCAAAGGUCCCAGCCUCAUCCUCAACAAGGUUCCCCACAGCUGCAGGGGAAUGGACAGACUGGACCCACAAACAAGUCUUCAGAGCAACAGGCUUCUUCAAGUAGAGUGACAGAAAAUCUCAAAACACAACCCAAGGGUCCACCACCGCAGGGUUCACCAAAGCCUGGAGCUCAGCAAGUGGCUAAGAGUGGAGCACAACCAGAAUCUCCCAAAGUACCACCAGACAGACAACAGGUUCCACCGAAGACAAAAGUACAACAAGGCUCUGCUAAAACUGGUGCACAACAGCAAGAAUCUACAAAAACGGGAGUACAGGGGUCCACAAGGGUUGGGUCAGAAUCAGAAAAGCAACAACAGCAGUCACCAAAAAUUGGACAGCUAAAACAGGAGCCGGCAGAACAACAGCAGAAAGGAACCAGAGCCACACCUCAGCUCCAGUCUUCUGAAAAACAACAAGGUGGUAAGGGUCCAGGCACACCUGACAUGACUCUAGCAGGGUCUCCAUCACCGGGAGCAGCCAGAGCCAGAUCUCAGAAAGCAGUUUCUAAAACCCUUUGUCCAGUCUGUAACAUGGCUGAACUCAACAUCCAUGCCAAGGGGCCACCCAAUUAUAAAACCUGUACUCAGUGUAAAACUGAGGUGUGCAGCUUGUGUGGCUUCAGCCCUCCAGACUCUGAAGGUCACGAGUGGCUUUGUCUUACCUGCCAAGUACAGAGAGCUCAAGGAUCUAUCGAGCCUCCAAGACCUCCUGCAAAAAAGACCUCGCCAAGCAAAAUUUCUCCUCCACGAACCGAGACCCCGUCUCCUGCUGAACCCAUUAGAAAAGAAAGGUCAGCACCAGGUUCACCGCAAAACAUGCAGUCGAAGUCAAUAAAAGCUCCAGCGAAGGAUGAAGCUGAAAAGGGACCAGAAAAGCUAAAGCAUGUCAGUCCAGCAUCUCCUAAGAAAAUGACACCUGAGACUCAGAGAAAACCAGAACCUCAAAAACCACAACUGAGCAGUCAAACUGGACAGACACAAAGUGGUGCCCCCUCUGCUACCCACCAGGCUUCAGGAGGAAUUUUUGGUUUCGGUGGGGCUAAAAAGGAACCUGCAAAGACAGAUGAGUCAGUAACUGGGAAGAUGUUUGGUUUUGGUUCCUCAAUUUUUAGCUCUGCAUCUACUUUGAUAGUAUCGGCUGUUCAGGAUGAACCGAAAACCACACCACCGGUUUCUCCUAAAAUGCAACCUGCAAAGGACACUAAAGCAGCUACUGUCCAAACCUCGGAGCAAGGAAAAAAGCAGCAUCCUUCUCAGGAGGUUAAAGCUCAAUCAGCAGGCCAGGGUGCAUUGGGAAGGUCCUUGGCAGAGGCUCCAAAGGCAGCUUCAACCCCCCACAAUGCUCCUGAACAACGCCAAUCUACUUGUCCAAUCUGUAAAAUGGGGCUCAACAUGGGCUCAAAGGAUCCUCCCAACUACAGCACGUGCACUGAGUGCAAAAGCACAGUCUGUAAUCAAUGUGGAUUCAACCCAAUGCCAAAUGUUAAAGAGGGAAACGAGUGGCUUUGUCUAAACUGCCAGGUGAAACGAGCUGCUGGGGGAGGCGAACCACAGAAAGACACAUCGGCUAGCUCAUUUAAAAAAUCAACAGCAGCACAGUCCGCAUCUCAAAAGACUUCUGUGCAAGGCUCUCCUCAGAAAAAUGUAUCAACACCACCAAUGCAGCAUGCCAAGGCUGAAGGUCUAGACAGUAAUAAAGAGGUGAGGCCAGCUGCUGGUCAGGAAACACCAAAGGAGGGACAAAAGGCAGGGCCUCAGAAACAAACAAAGCAAACAGUUCUGACUGCACAAAAGCAGGAAACUGCCACAACUCAAGAGUCUGCAAGUUUUUUUGGUUUUGGUGGUUCUAGAAAAACUGAUGCCGCAAAACCUGGAGAAUCGAUGACUGGAAAAAUGUUUGGCUUUGGCUCUAUUUUAAGCUCUGCUUCCACUUUAAUUACUUCAGCUGUUCAAGAUGAGCCCAAAAUUACACCUCCAGCGUCGCCCAAGGUGUCAACUGCAAAGGACUCUAUAUCUCCCACUGUUAAGAAACGAGAACAAGACAAGAAAUCACAGGAGCCAAAGCAAGCCACGGGUCCAACUCCAGUGGCGCCAAAAACAGAAAAAGCUUCAACCGAACCGCCAAAUAAAGCCUCAGCUUCACCUGUUGUUUCUAUGAAAGUUGGUGCAACCUGCCCCCUGUGUAAAGUACAGUUCAACGUGGGCUCUAAAGAGCCCCCUAACUACAACACUUGCACUGAGUGCAAAAGCACUGUUUGUAAUCAAUGCGGAUUUAAUCCCACGCCAAAUGUUCAGGAGGUGGAGUGGUUAUGUCUCAACUGUCAGGUGCAGAGAGCACUGGGGGCAUCUGAGCCUCCAGGAACUCCCAAGAUGAACCUACAGACUGUACCAAAUAAAGCUGCUAGUGCCCAAAAGAAGGAAACUCCCUCUCAACAAAAAGACAUUUCAAUAACUGGAAAAUCUAAGGAGGCCUCACCAUUAGGCUCCCCACAAAGGAAACCCUCCAAACUAGCUGAGCCAUCAGCAAAGGGUGAAAGUGAUAAAGAGUCUAGAAGUUCAGAUGCUGGUCAGAAAAUCCCACAGCAAGGUCAGAAGUCAGGACCCCAGAAACCAUCAGACCAAACAAGCAAAACUGGACCAGAGAAGAAACCUCAGUCUGAUAGUGCAAAAGUUGCUGAAUCACUUGGUGGAAAAAUGUUUGGCUUUGGUUCUUCCAUUUUUAGUACUGCGUCUACUAUGAUAACUUCUGCUGGACAAGAUGAAUCAAAAACAACGCCCCCUGUUUCUCCUAAAAUGCCAGUUGCAAAGGGAACAACCAAAUCACCCUCUGUUCAGAAACACGAGCAGGAAAAGAAACCACAGCAGAGUCAACAACCCAAGACCUCUCCAAUGCUACAACCUAAAGUAGAAAAAGGACCACGAGAGCCUCUGAAGGAUCCAGUGGCUUCAGACGCUCCAAAGGCAGGCCAGUCUACCUGUAUGCUCUGUAAGACAGCACUCAACUUUGGUUCAAAAGAUCCUCCCAACUACAACAAAUGCACAGAAUGCAAGAACACUGUCUGUAACCAGUGUGGAUUUAAUCCAAUGCCAAAUGAGUCAGAGGCUAAAGAAUGGUUAUGCCUAACUUGUCAGAUGCAAAGAGCUCUUGGUGCAUCUGAACUCACAGGGCCUCCCAUGAAACCACAAAGCGCAGCUAACAAAACAUCUCCAUCUUCUAUACGUCAGAAAAUAGCUCCCACUGAAGAGGAAAAUCAAAAGAAAGAAUUAUUCAAAUCUGAAGCAAAAACAGAAGUCCCGGUACCUGUUUCAGUUGUAAAGAAGGGGAUCCUCACACCAGGUUCUCCUCAGAAGACCCACAGUGUAGCACUAACGCCUGGAACUAAAGCUGGUACAGAACCACAAGGUGAAACUAAAUCUGUCCUGACUGUUAGUCAGAAAACACAGAAACAGACUGACCAGCCAAAUCAGCUUGAACAUAGAAAGGUUACAGAUGUACAGUAUGAAUCUGAAAAAUCCCAUAGUGGUUCUAAUGCAGAACCAGAUGUUUCAAAAACAACCGAGUCACUGAGCGGAAAGAUGUUUGGAUUUGGUUCCUCCAUUUUCAGCUCAGCAUCCAGUUUGAUAUCGGCUGCUGUUCAGGACGAUUCACAGAGUACACCACCAGGCUCUCGUAAGAUGUCUGUUCUGUCGAACCUUUCUCCAAAAAGUUCACCUGCAGCUUCUCCUAAAAUAUCACCAGCAAGGGAGAGAAAAACUCUUGCUCAGAAACCAGAGCUGGAGAAGCAAUCUGAUGAGUUUCCCCCAAGCAAAGAUGGCAAUGUUUCACCACAGCCACCAAAAGUCUCUCAAACUGGUCCAGAUGUAGACCAGACCACCUGUCCACUGUGUAAGGUUGAGAUGAACAUUGGCUCAAAACACCCUCCUAACUACAACAUCUGCACCAAAUGCAAGACCACUGUUUGUAACCAGUGUGGAUUUAACCCCAUGCCUGUUGGAGAGGUCAAAGAGUGGCUUUGUCUUACUUGUCAGAUGAACAGAGUAGUUGGAACCUCUGACCCUCUGGGACCUCCAAAUUUAAAGGCCCAAACAUUACCCAGUAAACUUCCCAUAUCUGCUCCUGCUCAGCCAAAGGAUUCCAAACUGAUUGCUCCUCAAAUGAAGGAUGGUCCAGACUCUGUGGAACAAACAAAGGAGCUCUCUAAGGUCAUCUCCCCCCAGAUAAAACAAUCUGAAGCUGAUGCUGCUUCACUUAAACAAACCAUAGAUCAAAAACCACCAGAAGAAAAAAUGAAAGCAAUUCAAAAGAAGCCGCCUGAUCAGCCAAGUCAACCUGAACUCAAAUUGAGCAACACUACUCCUGCAGUACAGCGAGAGUCAGGAGGCUUAUUUGGUGUCAGUGAUUCUAAAUCUCACCCUGAAGCAACAAAGACAGCAGAUUCAGUGAGUGGGAAGAUGUUGGGAUUUAGUUCUUCCAUGUUUAGCUCUGCCUCUUCUAUGAUGUCAGCUGUUCGAGAUCAACUGAAUACAACUCCACCGGUUUCUCCCAAGAUGUCCCCCAAAAUGUCUCCUUCAAGGGAAUCUAAAUUGUCCACUCCACAGAAAGUAGAACAGGAGAAUAAACCAGAUCAACGUCAACAAGCAGAUGGUGAACCAUCAGUAAUGCUGAAACCAGAUGAAAUCAAAUCUCCUGCCUCCCAGAAGCAUGAGCCACAGAAGCCAUCAUUAGAGACAAAAACAUCUCCAUCACUACAACCUAAAGUGGACAAAACGCCAUCAGAAACUUCAAAGCCAAAAGCUGGUCCUCAAACAACGGUCAAACCAGACCAAUCCACCUGUCCACUAUGUAAGUGCAAACUUAACAUGGGCUCCAAGGAUCCACCCAACUACAAUAACUGCACUCAAUGCAAGAACACCGUGUGUAACCAAUGUGGAUUCAACCCCAGGCCAAAUGAAACGGUGGUUAAGGAAUGGUUAUGUCUUACCUGCCAGAUGCAGCGGGCCCUGCAAGUGACUGACACCUCAGAAGUGGCUUCUCUCAAAUCUCAGACGUCUACAAAAUCCCAAAAGACAGAUAUCUCUAGCACAGACAGGGCUGGGAAAAAAGAACUGCUAGCGCCACAGUCACCUCAAAGGAAAAUGUCUGCAACAGCACAGCCAGAAAUAUCUGAGACUGCUAACAAGUCAGUUGUUCAGAAGCAAGUCAGCCCAGUUCCUGCUCAGAUAAAAGCACAAGAGCCACAGAAAAUAUCAAGUCCAGAUAGAUCACCUGGCCAAACAAGACAGACUGAACGCAAGCAAAGUAAUGCUACUGCAGUAUCACAGAAAGAUUCAGGAGGUUUUUUUGGUUUAGGUGGUGGUAAAACUCAGCCUGAAGUGGACAAGUCAGCAGAGUCUGCAAAUGGAAAAAUGUUUGGCUUUGGUUCCUCUAUUUUCAGCUCUGCAUCUAAUUUGAUUACUUCAGCCAUUCAGGAUCAGCCCAAGACUACUCCACCGGUUUCUCCUAAAAUAUCCCCUGCAAGAGAGAUCAAAUCUCAUGCUGACCAAGAAAUGAAGAAACCAGAGCUUGAUCAAACCAAGACAACGGAUGUGACACACACCAAAGUGGACAAAGCUCCACCUGAGCCUACAAAGAUGAUGGAAGUCUCCCAAUCUGCUGUCAAACCAGGCCAGUCCUCUUGUCCACUUUGCAAAUCUGAACUUAACAUGGGGUCCAAAGAUCCACCCAACUACAGUACAUGCACUCAGUGCAAGAACACAGUCUGUAAUCAGUGUGGAUUUAAUCCUAUGCCAAAUCAGUCAGAGGCAAAAGAGUGGUUGUGUCUUAACUGUCAAAUGCAGAGAGCACUAGGAGCUUCUGAGCCUCCAGGCCUCCCUAUGAUAAAACCACAGCCUUCACCAAGCAAAGAGGUCCCUGCCACAAUACAGAAGAAAGAAACUUCAAUUACAGAUUCAACACAAGACAUUUCUAAGCCAGUCACACCUAGUAAUGAGCUUGAUAACAUUAUUAAAGCCAAAGAAACUUCUAUCUCUGCUGUACCAUCAAAGGAGUUUACACCUACAGUUGCUCCAUUGCCUGACAAAGCUGUUUCUUCCACUGUUACAAAGAUAGACAUUUCACCAGCCUUACAAAAGCCACCCUCUGAAAUGCCUAAAGGACAAACCGAUGUAUCACAGAAAGAGACAGAAAAGGGUCCAACUCCUUCUAAGCCUGUUCUUCCGCCAGAAACAAAAGCUGUAGAGCCACCACUACAAAAGCCUCCUAAAGAGAUUGCUGCAUCGGAAAAAUCGGUUCCUUCACAAGGCCUAAAAGAAGAAAAGCCAUCAUUAAAACAGCAUCCAAAAACUGGAACCUCUCCAGCUAAAUCUGUUCCACCACAAGUUCAUCCUGCAAAACAAGAGUCGGGGAGUUUCUUUGGCUUUGGCCGACCCAAAACACCACCUACUACAGCCAAAUCUGCAGAGUCUGUGACGGGGAAGAUGUUUGGCUUUGGUUCGUCUUUCUUAAGCUCUGCAUCCACUUUGAUAUCUUCAGCUGUGCAAGACGAAUCUAAGAGUACACCACCAGCUCCACGUAAGAUGUACGCUACAGACAAAGCCACUCCUGAGAUGACACCACCAGCUUCUCCUAAAACAAUACCUGCAAAGGACACCAAACCACCUGCUGUGCAGAACGACGAGAAAAGGAAACCAGAGAAACUGGAGCAGGAUAAGAUUCAUUCAUCAGAACAAUCCAAAGUGAGCAAGCCCCAAUCAGAGCUCCCAAAACUACCAAUAAAAGCCAAAGAUGUUUCGAAAGCAGUCGAGUCAGUCUGUCCACUCUGUAAGGUCAAACUCACCAUGGGCUCCACAGAUCCACUCAACUACAAGACUUGCACAGAAUGCAAGACCACAGUCUGUGUUCAGUGUGGCUUUGACGCAAUGCCUACUACAUCAGAGGUAAAGGAAUGGCUUUGUCUAAACUGCCAGAUGCAGAGAGCCCUGGGAGCACCUGAGUCUGCAGGUCUUCCUGCUCUAAGACAAGAGCCCUCACCAAGCAAGUUGUCCCAGCAGAAGGAAAAGCCUACACAAUACAUACAUAUCCAUAAAGAGGACACUCCAGCAGCUCUGAACAAAGAAGAAACCUUGGAAGAUAAGGCCUCAUUGCACAUUCUGGACAACUGUGUGUCGGGAGCUAAUAUCCUGACUUCUGUCAUUGUGAUGGUCUAG